AAAGCUACCUCCAAGAAAGCUACACCCAAGACAGCUACACCCAAGAAAACUACCAAGGAUCCCUUUACAUCUCCCAAGGCCAAGAAAGCAGGGAAAAAGGAAGCUACCACCACCCCUUUGUUGACAUUAUCAAAGUCAGAGAAACCAUCUCCUAUCCCGGAAGACGAGCAACCACGGUUUUGCAAAAAGAUGGGUACCAAAUACAUUAACAUCGAGGUCGACACCAAAAUGCCUGAAGCAAACGGGCCAUUUGUUAUCUAUGAUGUGGGGCAGACUCUGGAAGGUUGUGGUGACAAGAUCAGCCGCAUGUUCUAUGGAUUCAUGAUUUUUGUUAAGAUGGACAUCCGUUGGGCUAUUGAUGAUCAAUCUCAAAGCUACUACAAGGCUCACUUGCUCACCACUGACAAGGUUGUCCCAGCUUGUGAUUACAACCAUUUAAAGUUUCGUGAUACCUGGGUAGCUCACAAGGAAACCAACGAAGGCUUUACGGAUUGCAUUGACGAUUAUAUUGACCGUUUCAACAAGAACAAGCAAGGUCGGUUCUUUGCACAUUAUCUGUUGCAUUUUAAGGGCAUGACCCUUUCUUCCAAGACGAUCUUUUCUGAUGCCACCGAUGAUGAAGUCCUUGGAAAGAAAAGUCUCAAAUUUUUCAAUGGAAGCAUGAGAAGUCUAAGAUGCAGGGAAUUGACUAUUAUGCUCAGUUUCUUGUUGUCCGGAUUGACAAGGACUCUCGAAAGAAAGGGAAAGCUGCUGAUGAGAAAAAGUUAA